UCGGUGGCGGUGACAUUGCAGCAAGCACAGCACGAGCUGACCGCGCGGAUUCGUCCCAACCGGAACCGUACCCCGACCACACCCGGAUAAGCCCGCCGAUAAGCUCUCGCUUCUCCCCUGUCCUCCCUCCCCCUAUCGCCACCAUGCUCUCCCUCUCCCACCCGCACCCGCACCCCAGCGCGGCCUCCACCGCGCCGCGCCACCGCACGCCCCGCUCCGCCGCCACCCCCGCGUCACGCCGCCGUCGCGCCAGACACAUCGCUGCGACCGCCAUCAUUCUCCCUGGCGGCGGCGGCGGUGGCGGGGGACCCAGCGACCGGAAGCUCCCCUUCACCCCGCCUCCCAUGGCGCCGCCGGGCCAGCUCUACCAGCCCUUCCACCCGCCGCCGUCGCCGCUGCCGGCCAACUACCGCAACCUCGACCUCAGGCAGCGGCUCGAGGUCCUCCGGGACCGCAUGGGCCAGUGGCACGAGUACGCGCCCCUCAUCUCCGCACUCACCCGGGACGGUUUCACGCCGUCGUCCAUCGAGGAGGCCACGGGGAUCUCCGGCGUCGAGCAGAACAGCCUCGUCGUGGCGGCGCAGGUCCGCGACUCGCUCCUCGACGAGAAGGCGUUCCCGGCCGACCUCGUCCCCUUCUUCGACCACUACGGCGCGCCCGAGGUGCUGUACGAGCUGCGGUUCCUCAACGCCCGCCAGCGCGCCGACGCCGCCAAGCACGCCAUCGACAACCGGCUCGACCCCAAGGGCGUGCGGGAGCUGGCGCGCUCCAUGAAGGACUUCCCGCGCCGCCGAGGGGACGACGGCUGGGAAACCUUCACGGGGGCGUCCCCCGCCGACUGCCUCGCGUACGCGCGGUUCCGCCAGUCGCGGGAGGCCAUCGACGUCGAGGACCAAAUCGCGGAGCUCGAGCGCGCGCUGCAGGUGGUCGAGACCGAGGCGGCCAGGGCGCGGGUGGAGGUCGAGAUGGAGCGGGCCAAGAAGAAGGCCGCCGGGGAGGCGGUGGAGGAUGCCGAGGACGACCCCAGCGCGCGCCCCGCGGUGACGGUGGUGCGGCUCCAGUACGGCGAGGUCGCCGAGGCGUCCACCGUGCUGCUGCUGCCGGUGGUGCGGGAGACGGACGGCGUCGCGGCCGUGGACGCCGCGCCGAGGCGGAGCAAGACGGACGUGGACCUCGGCAUUGUGGAGGUGGAUAAGGGGUGGGCGCGGUGGGCCGUGGUGCCGGGAUGGGGCCCCGUGGCCGAGGCCGCGGACGAGGCGGUGGUGAUCGAGCUGGCCGACGGGCGGGUGCUGCCGUGGCGGAGCGCUGAGGAGGAGAAGGUGCUGGUCAUCGCUGACCGGAGGCGGAAGGAGGUGGUGGAGGAGGGGCUAUACGUCCUCGACAAGGAAGGCCGACUGGUGGUGGAGAAGGGGAGGAAUCUGGUGGAGCGAGGCGUCGGCACGGCCGUGGCCGAGGUGGUGAUGGUCGUCCGGCCGCCCAAGGAAGUGGAUGACAUGAUCAGCGACGACGAGUGGGACUGAUCUGGAGGGGUUUUGGAGACGUCUAUUUUCCAUCUGUUGCUUUUCAAGAACCGAACUCACUAGCCAAAUGGAGCUACAGCAAUCUAAUUUGCAAUCAGGGUGCCACCUUCAAAGGCUGUCAGAUGCAGCCAAAGGGAUAGGAGUUGCCAUUCUUCUUUUGGAGUAUAGUCAUCCCUCGUGACCACCAACUAGGCAAAUGAUGCAUCAUCAAACAUUUAGAACCUUGACGUGUCUUCGAUAUGGGGGCCUUCUUCCUGCUGGACUGUCAUUUAGGAAUGGAGUUCUUCAUGCCCAGGAAGAAGAUAAUUUCUCCAAUGAGCCCCAGUUCUACAUACACAGUGCAUUACAAAUGAUUUAGCACCAUUUGAGCUGGCCUUCCACAAACUUGACUCUAAAAUUCUGUGAGCAAAUAAAAAUUAGCAAUUCUCUGCAUCACCUGUGUGAACUUGAUGAAGAGCUGUGCAGAUGCAGCUCUUGCAGUAUCAGAGUUGUUGAAAUCAUAGAUAAUAGGUGUAAUAAAAUCAACUUUAAGAAAUUUCAGGGAGAAAAUAAAUUGAUGAGGGCAGUAAUCAUGGUAUGUAUCAGAUUGGUCAAGAUUAAUAGUGAAAGUUACAACAGAUCACACAAUACAACUGCCCAUGGAGGAUGGAACAGUAGUUAAGUAAUAUCAGUGAGCCUAAGCCAUAUACUUAGGUAUUACUUUUACAGUAGCAGUCUCCAGUGCACAUGACUAAACCACACAAUACUCCCAGGAUCCUACUAAAUCAUUGAAAUUAUUGGUAAGUUCUGCAGAAGGUACAUUUUUUUCCACCUUAUAAAGGCACAGCAUUCAAAGGUCAAAUGAAAAAUGACAAGGGAACAGAGAGAUCACAUAUAGAGAGGGCUCAAAUACACAAAGAGGAUUAUAGUAGCAUGAUGGCGAUGAGAGGUAAGAGAAAAAAAAUGUUGAUCUCGCCUCAGCUAUACUAGUCCAAAAGUAAAAACAAAAAACAAAAUAUCACAUACUAUUAAUAAAUUCCACUGUGUUAAGCAAAAUGAGUAUACCACGUUUCAAUUCAACAUGCCUGUAUAAGCACACCACAAUUUUUUGUAUGAUGAUAAAUGUACAAUUUUUCUUACUAAUGCAAGUGACACAUAAAAGUAGCAAAAUAUUAGUGAGUCGAGUAUGUACCAAGAGCAAGAGAUAAGCAUGUGUUAUAUCAGAUGAACCUAAAAACUAACAAUCAAUGGGUCAGUUAUUAGUGACCCAGGAUUCCAGAAAGCGAGAUGUAAUCUUCCAAGAUGAAUUUAGAGAUAAAAUUGCAGUUCAGAAACCUGCAAUCAAAACAAACUCAAGAUGAAACUAAUCAUAUCACCAUCCCAUGGUAUACAGCUCACAAGUAUUUGUUUUUUUGGAAUAUGCAAGCUGCAAAUUAGUGCUCUGGCAGGCUCUUUUUUGUAAAUUAGUGCUCUGGCAAGCUCUUUUUUGUUGUCUUCUUGAUGCACAUCUGAAACAACUAAUUUGUACUUGAGAUUGUUCUUAACUCUAAACCACACUGCCUCCGCAAGAUUGCAUUCUUUGAAUAUGUAUGUUGGGAUCUCUAGCUCUGAAAAACAC